AUAUACCAAUAUGAAGUAUCGCACAUCCAAUUUAAGAGAGGACAGAAGGGGAGUCUCUCCUACUAAUGAUGCACUUGUACAAUUCCAUGCUUCCACCUUGUCCCUCCUUAAUCAUCCUAAAGUUUUCACUGUGAGCUGGGGAGGAAAACAACAGGAAAUGAAGAUUGCCUUAUUAAUGCUCCAUAAAUUGUCUCAUCACACAAAUAAUAAUUAUGGUGACAAUAUAACAAUACUAAGAAACAUGGAUGGAGCACUUCUCUUUUUUAAUAUUUUUUUAGUUGUUAAUGAACCUUUAUUUAUUUGUAUGUGGCGCUGAGAAUCAAACCCAGUGCCUCACACGUUAGGCAAGUGCUCUACCACUGAGCCACGACCCCAACCCUGGAUGGAACAUUUCUUUGACUGAAGAACCCUACAAAAAAUAAAGGCACUGCCUUUCCAUCCCAGAGGUCUAUCCUGUGACUCAUCAAUUAUUCUUCUUUUUUAUUUUUUUUUUCCAACUCUCUAAGGGAGUUUCCACAGCCCCUGGUCUUCCAGAUCAUGGUAUAACUUUGGUAUCCCCCCCAAAUAACUCUGAAGAAUCGUAAGCAGAGAAGAUCAGGACAUGGAUAUAGACUGAGCCCAGGGUUAAAAGAGCCUUUGCAACUUGCAGGUUGAGGAGUGCAAGAAGCCUAUAACAGCCAGUCACCCAUGUGUGGUGUGCAGGCAGAUGAGGGAGGGCCUGGGGAUUCUUCCAAACUGGGAUUGGAACCUCAAUGAGGUUCAAAUAAGAGUUCUUUCCAGAGUCACAACUUUGAAAGCUUCCACACUAGCACGUGCUGUGGGAUUUCAAGGGGAUCUGAGAAGAGGUCAGCCAAUGGACAGACAGAACAGCUCAAUUCACUGAUGUAUGACUUUAUCCUACACAUAAGUAUGACUUCAUGCACCACCCUUUCCGGUACACUGCGGCCUCUGUUGCAACAGAAGCUGGCAAGUCCUCCCCUGGGAAUGACACAGAAUUCCUGUAUAAGUCACAGCUCACAAGCCCCAAACCAGCUCUGCUGCUGCUCCACUACCUGCUGCUCCCUAGCCUCACGGGAGCUAUGGUGCUCAGACUCUUGGUUGCUGUCUUCAUGUCUGAACUCCUGGUCUCAUCAGGCUCAGAAGGAGGCACAGCUGCUGCCCCGUGGCUGUGCCAGCCGGUGCUCCGGUGUGGAGACCAGAUCUACAACCCCUUGGAGCAGUGCUGUGUGGACGACACCAUUCUGCCCCUGCAGCGGACCCAACUCUGUGGCCUCAACUGCAUCUACUGGCCCUGCUUUGAGCUCUGCUGUCCCGAGUCCUUUGGUCCCCAGAAGAACUUCAUUCUGAAGCUGAAAGUUCUGGGUGUG